CGACCUAAGGAUCAUUUUAUAAAAUACCCAAAAAAUUCAAAACACAGCCGUCUUAUAGUGGUCACGGCCGUCUUCCUUGUCAAAUAGUGGUCGCGGCCGGUGAUACGGACGGCACAGAAUAACAUUUCUCCCACUGAAUCUCUCUCGCCUAUUCAGCGUCUAUCGGCUAAGUCCACCGCCUACAAACACCAUAGCCGAACGCCAUUCGCCGCUAGGUUGGCCUUUUAACCCCUGAAUCAAAUCGCGGCUCCUCAUGAGAAGAUCCACGGAAGUGCACAUUGUGUAACUUACUGAUAACCCUAUCAUGAAAUUCUCAUGCAAGCAAUAAGCGAUAUAAAUUCUCAUACUGUUUCCCAGGCCAAGACGCAUCCUUGCUAACGAUUUCCGCCAGAAAUCCACCGAGCAUGGUUCUCAAGGUCUCUUGAAACAAUUAUUUGAACGCUUUUAUGGCUAUAGCUGCAAGAAUUAGAGAGAUAUUGGAGAAUGUGGGGCUAGCACAAGAGAGUUUGCCCUCAGAUGUGGUUGGGUGGGCUCAAGUUCUUGCAAAUGUGGCAAACUUGUUGAACAUAAGAGAUACUGAACUAAAUAGUUUUCUUGUAACAAUGGGGGAUAUUUCCUUGAGGGUGGAAGAAAGGGCACAGAGGGCUAAAGCACAGAAGGAGUCCAAAAUUCUUCUUGAUUACACUCGGAAGGCAAUAGCAAGACUUACCUAUUUAAAAAGAACGCUUGGACAACUUGAGGAAGAUGUAGCUCCUUGCGAAGACAAACCUGGCAGUUAUGGCAUCAAAGAAGCGAUAAUAUCUGCAACAAUAUUCCAACUAAAAGGCACUUCUUAACCAUGUGGGCUAAACACCAGAGAUCAGCCAUGGAGUAUUGGUUGAAAUGGCCGAACACAGAAGGACUUGGAGAAGAAAACAAUGCCCAUCCUGGAUACUUUGAGGAGUUACCAAGACUUGCCACUGAUUUUGGUGUUAAUACAGGAUAAAGCCUUAGCUGCUCUGGUAGUGGAGGACAAGAAAAGACAGUAUGCUGCUGCUGAGACGUAUCUUGAAGAUGUAUUCCAUUCAGCCCUUGCCACAUCUGAUUAAACACCUUGCAUAUAGAUGAUUGUUGUAUUCUUUUAUUUGUUCAGGUACAUUUUUCUAUUAUUACAGAAACUAUGAAGUGAUUGUCUCUGAUGUGCCAAUGAUACUUCCACUUCUGGUUUUCUAUCCUUUGUAUUUGGUGUAAGGAGCAAGUGCUAAUUCAGUAAUGUUAAAAAGUGUUAGGAGUACAAAACAAAGAUCAUAGUAUAUAUGUUUGACAAAUUAUUGAAAUACGUAUCAGUAAUGUUUUGAAUUGGAUCA